CUGAAUCACGAUAGUUGCAGCAUCUUCGCGCACCCGAGGCUUGGUCGGUAUAUAAGAACAUAAGGUCGAGGCGCGGCAAGAGUCAGACGCCGAUCACCUUUGUGCUUACUGUGUUAAUGAUGACGUCGAUAAAAUGGUUCAUGUGCGUGGUUGCGCUAGUGUGUGUGAGCGUACGAUACGCGAACUCCGCACCUACACCUACGUCUGAAGAGGAAUACCCACCACAGCCAUAUGAAUAUAAGUACGACGUAGAAGAUCCCGAAAAGGAGUUAUAUUUCGGCGCGAACGAGACAGGAGACGCACAAGGCAAAGUGGUUGGCGGUUAUCGAGUUCUUUUACCAGACGGUCGACUAAUGGUAGUAGAAUAUACGGUUGAAGGGGACAGUGGAUUCGUACCCAAAAUCAGUUUUCAAGAAAAUGCCAAUCCUUUUAAUAAAGCAAAGUAGAUUAUAGACUCAAUAACACUAUGACAGUAUCGGCUUUUAAAAUUGAAACUCAUUUACGAGAAGAGUAAAUAACUUAUCGAAACUAAUUAAUAGUUAAUUUUAUUAAGUUAUUUAUAAUCUUUGUCGCGAUUUCAGUGUAUCAAAACCCUUUUAAAUUGUCUUAACUUAAAAUAAAUAAAUUCAAUCAUUUCUCAGAGGGUUUAUGACUAAGUAAUAUUAUUAGGUUCCUCAUGUAUAACGAUUUCUUCAAUCAAUGUUACCGGAUCUGUGACUGGUAGUUUGGUCUGUCCAGAAUUUAAAUUGUGAUAGUACAUUAGUUUUAUUUUUAUGUGUACGUUUAAGAAAUAAAU